CACCGUACAGGUUACAGUUCCUUUUUUUUAAACUUCCUGUUGGAUUUUUGUUAUUACUUUAGAAAAGUGGCUUCAAAGUAUUAUCAACAGAAAACAUGUCGGGCAACAAACAAACAUUUUUAGAUGCCAGCGUUGUUCAUGGUGACUGGAUUCCUCCAACUACACAUGCUAGAGGACCAAGACCAAGAACAGGACCACCUAUUACAGUUGCAAUUACCAAGGAAGAAUUUGAUAGUAAAUACUACGAAAUAAAAUCAGGACUAGUUCUUGUACUCAACAACAAAGAAUUUCGUGUAACAGGUGAAAAUUUAGGAGACCGUGCUGGUAGUGAUAUAGAUGCUUCCACUAUAAGCCAAAGAUUUUCAGAGUUGGGAUUUGAAUAUGAACUCGAAACAGAUUUAUCUAAAUCUACUACGAUUGAGUGGUUUGAAAGGGUAAAGAGACAGUUAAUUACCAAACCAGUGGAUUGUUUUGUAUUGGUGGUUUUGUCCCAUGGAACUGAGAAUGGGGUUUAUGCCACAGAUCAAUUGAUGAGAAUUGAAGAAAUUGUAGAAACCUUUAAUGCCACAAAUUGUCUACCACUGAGAUUUAAACCAAAAGUUGUCAUUAUACAGUCAUGCAGAGGAACAAACUUGAGUCAUGGGAUUAAUGUCGGACUUUCGGAUCCAAACCGAGCUGAUGCUAUGGGAGACCCAACGGAAUAUAAUGAAUGGUUGGGGAUACGUCCGGUAACUCAAACUAUUCGUCUUCCAAAUGAAGCUGAUUUUUUAUUUGCAUAUGCAACAGUUCCAGGUGCUGGAGCUUUUAGAAAUGCUGCAGAAGGUACUCCCUUCAUCAGACAUCUGUCAAAGGCCAUUGAAGAUAUGGAAGUAAAUGAAGAUUUCUAUUCUGUACUAACCUCAGUAAACAAAACAGUGGGGAUGACAUAUAAGCCAAAUAACGGUGAAGCCGAGUACAAUGAUAUAGUUCAGAUGCCCUGUUUUGUGUCACACUUUACCAAAAGUUUACGACUAAGGCAGGCACGUUAAUAUGGGAUGAUUAACCAGUAUGUAGGCUGUAGUUUGUUCUGUUUUGUGCAUGAGGGUGUGGAUGUCCAACUUUUCUUUAUUUUUUAGACCAUUUUUUCUCUAUUUUUUAUUUAUUUUGCCUAUUAUUCUCUAUUUUUUAUAAUUUAGCACCCCAUUAUUCUCUAUUCUUUAUUUUUUUGACUGUUUUUUAUUAUUCUUUAUUUAUGUUGCCCUUUAUUCUGCACUUUUUGCCCAUUACUCUCUAUUCUGUAAACCCCAUCCAGACCCUCAUUCAUGGUACAAAUGAAAAAAAAGUACCCUUAUUUUUCAUAUUUUCAACAUAAGAGAACAUUACAUACAACAUUUGGUAAUGACAUAGUAACAUUACAAAAUAUAGAUUUAUUUAACACAUAUUAAUGCCUUAUUUCUUUAUAUUUCUGGAACUAAUUUAAAAAUACAUUGUAUUACAUAUACAUUUACAUACUUAUUAACAGAGUGUUAAAAUUACAUAUGUUCCCAUACAUGUACUGAAUGGAGCAAAAAAAAAAACAUUAAGAGGUCCACUCUAGUCCUCCUGUUCAGUUUUCAAUCCACCUUUAUUAGAAAAUAUGAUUGAAAAAAUACCUAAAAAUUAUCAUAGUUUCAAUGUUAACAUUUUAUUGUAUCUAUUUCUGUUGGUUAAUUAAAAAAAAGAAGUCAAAGGAUCCUGGAAUACAGUUACCGGUACAGUUCAAUGUCUUCAUUGUAUAAUUUGUAUGAUAUUUGACACAUUAUAGGACAAUUCACAUUGAUAUUGGAAAAUUUUCUGAUUGCUUAAAUUGCUGCAUUUAUAGUUGUCACCCUAUGCAGCUUUAUGCAAAGAUAUUGGCAAAAUUCCAUUACUAGGACCCAGUACUGGACAUUUGAUAUAUGUCAUUGAUCAGGUCAAUAUUAAGGACAUGACACAAAUAUAUCAUUGUGUUUAAGGGGGGUUUGAUUGGUUAACCUAGGUGAUUUUUUUUCCGGAGUUAUAUGCAAUUUUCACGAUUUUCAUAAUUUUCAUUGUUUAGAUAUGAUAAAUUUAUUUAAAAAAUUGGCAAGAGCACAGAUUUUCUGUAAGUACUUAUGCAUUGUAUGAACAAAUUGGUCCCAAAGAAGUAUAAAGUAUUACUCAAGAAAUGUAAAUAUAAGGCAAGUAUGUUGAUCCAAAUUGACAGAGUUAUUGCCCAUGGACAUAAAAUAUGUGCAUCAGCAGUGGACAUUGAAACAUAUUUCACUUUUAAUUUGUUGAUUAACAAACUACUGACCUGUUUUUUUUUUAGAAUAGAUUAGAUUGUGUUUUUUAUACCCCGCUUUAAAAAAGGGGGGUAUACUGUUUUAUUAUACCCCGAUUUAAAAAAGGGGGGUAUACUGUUUUACCUCUGUCUGUCCUUCCGUCAGUCUGUCUGUCCCAUGAAUAUUUUCGUCGCAUUUUUCUCAGGAACUACUUGACAAGGAUUUCUGAAAUUUGGUUUCAGGGUUUAUAUAAGUAAGUUACACCGUGUGAUGCGUUUUCAGAUUCAUCACUCAACAACUUCCUGUUUACUGAACACUUGUAUUAUUUUACACAUGAUAGCCAAGUUGAAAAUUUCGUCACAUUUUUCUCAGGAACUACUUGACAAGGAUUUCUGAAAUUUGGUUUCAGGGUUUAUAUAAGUCAGCUGUACCAUGUGAUGCGUUUUCAGAUUAAUCACUCAACAACUUCCUGUUUACUGUCAAAUAUUUGGGCUGGGCAUAAUGUUAUGAAACUUAUACACAAUGCUUAUUACCAGAAAACACAGAUCAGGUUUGAAUUUGGGUGGUGUCACUUUUACUUUUCUAGAGUUAUGCCCCUUUACAAAUUACUGUAGUGGAGGGGGCAAUGAUUUUUACCCUUGUCCGUCUGUACAUCCGUACAUUCCAAAAUUCGUUUCAGUUCUCUAACUUUAGUUUGCCUUAAGCAAAUGUUAGGAAACUUAUAUACAAUGCUUAUUACCACAAAACACAUCAAAUUUGAAUAUUGGUGGCGUCACUUUUACUGUUCUAGAGAUUUGCCCCUUUACAAAUGGAAAAAUUGCUGAAUUUUGUUUUCAUUCUCUAACUCAAGUUUGCCUCAACCAAAUUAUUACCACAAAACUCAGAUCAAGUACAAAUUUGAUUAGCGUCACUUUCCCGUUCUUCAGUUAUGUCCCUUUAUAACUUUAUAUGAUAUGCAAGCGGGGGCAUCAUCUGUGUCCAUGCAUCUGUGUCCCAUGAACACAUUCCCCAUUAAUUUUGUUUCAUUUUCCCCUCAGAUUUUUAUGGGAUUACAUUCAUUGAUUUUCAUUGUUGAAAUGUACAUGACAUGGGAAUAUUUGUGUACAGCCCUCAGUUGAUUUAGAUAUGUCGUUACGUAAUAGUAAGAAAUUAUGAAUGUGAUAUCUGACUGUUUAUGGCCAAUAAAUAUCACAUAUUUGUAUGUGUCAUAUAUGUGAAAUGAAUUAAAAAUAUCUAUCUAAGCAAUCUAAGGAGAGAGGGGAGGGUAAUGCAACUAAAUGCUCUAAGUGAGGCUGAAUUAUGUAUAUGAUGAAAAUAAUAUUUUAACAUAAAUGAGAUUACAGAUUGUAGACUUGUUUUGAAAACUAUACGAUUUAAGUGACUUAUAGUCCCAUAGGGUUGGUGUUCUAGUAAUUGUUUUCACCUACUGUAUUACUACACUGUAUUAUACACUAUUUGUCAGAAACACAAUGUCAAUAAAUAAUAAUUAAGUUUAGUAAAUGUAGUUAUAGAAUGGCAUAAUUUUUAUGAAGUACUGCAUAUAUUUUUAUGCCCCCACCGUAGCGGAGGGGGCAUUAAGUUUUACCCUUGUCCGUCUGUACGUCCGUCCCAAAGUUGGUUUCCGUUCUCUAACUUUAGUUUUCCUCAACAAAAUGUUAUGAAACUUAUACACAAUGAUUAUUACCACAAAACACAGAUCAAGUUUGAAUUUUGGUGGCGUCACUUUAACCGUUGUAGAAUUAUGCUUCUUUACAAAUGGAAAAGUUGCUGAAUUUUUCGUUUCCGUUCUCUAACUUUAGUUUGCCUCAACCAAAUGCUACGAAACUUAUACACAAUGCUUAUUACGACAAAACACAGAUCAAGUUUGAAUUUUGGUGGCAUCACUUUAACCAUUCUAGAGUUAUGUCCCUUUACAAAUGGAAAAAUUGCUGAAUUUUUCAUUUCCGUUCUCUAACUUAAGUUAGCCUCAACCAAAUGUUUUGAAACUUAUACACAAUGCUUAUUACCACAAAAUAUAGAUCAAGUUUGAAUUUUGGGGGUGUCACUUUUAUUGUUUUUCUUAUUUUGCAUAAUAUUCAAUAAUUAAAUUCCAUUAUCUUAUAAGCAUUACCUCAUACAUUAUAAUAAUGUAAAAAAAAUCAGGUGACUUUACAACUUAGUUUAUAUUAUUCAGUGAAUUUUAAAUUUUCAAUUUUAGAAGUACUUAUAGAAUAGGCCAGUAUAUUGCAUCUGCUUUAUCAAUUGUUCCAAAGCAGGAAUUAAUGUAUAGAUAUGCAGUUUUAAUUUUGAGUACAUGGCCAAGAGAAAGUGUUCAUUUCAGACUUUAUUUCACAUUGAAAUGAGUUUUAUUUGGCAUAUCUUCUUAUGCAUAAGCAAAUUAUUUAUAAACUCUUAGUCAUAAGAAAUAGUAAACAUUAUCACUUCAUUAUUAUAUUAGAGCCACAUUUCUGCUUUCUCUUAAAUGAAAAUUACCUAUUUUUAUGCUACUCUACACCCUCAUUUUUAGUGACAUUUGAAUGGUUUUUUUUAACAGUUUCAAAAUAUUUUUUCUUUCUUUUAACCGACUUGUACAGAUGGUUAUUAUAUAAAUGUAUAUAUACUUAAUAUAUUGUUAUAAUUCAUCAUUUAUAUUAAAGGAAACAAAAUGUUGUAUAGAAUUAUCAGGUCUGACUACAUAUUUAGGUCAGUGCUUACAAUCAUCAUAUCCUUUCUGUUCCUACUUGUAUUUAGUAUGAGCAUCAUAACCAAUCCAUUUCAGCUAUUUAUAUUAUGUACAGCUCAGUAGUGCUAAAAGUUAAGAUUGUUUUAUAUUUUUAUAAAUUUUUUAUUUGAUUUUUUUUUUUAAUUUUGUGAUUUC